AUGGUCUUUAUUGCUAAGGCGAUAAGAACUGACAACCUGGGCACUACAGGCCGGCAGCCCCUAGAGGAAGCAUACAAUUGUGACACAAGCGGACGGCCACCGUGCUGCGGCCACGGCCCGCCCUCAGCGCUCGUCCCCACGUUCCAGUGGUCCAACGGGGUUGCCGUUAGGGUCUGUGCCGGAUGCGUUGGGCGCUCACCGCAGGCGCCCGUGCGUAGCGAACCAAACGCAACCGCUAUCAUCGAGAGGAGGCGACGUAAAGCGUUUCCGUUGGGCGUUCGCCGGCGCUUGGUUCGGGCGACGUUGCACGCGGAAAUGUCAGAUGCGGAGGCGAGCUCU